UGCUUUAAAGAAUAGACAAGAAUUAUAUGCACUACCUCCUCCCCCCCAGUACUACUCAAGCCUUAUUGAAGAGAUAGGAACUCUUGGUUGGGAUAAACUUGUGUAUGUGGAUACUUGCUUCAGUACUAUCCAGUUAAAAGCAGAAGAUGCUUCUGGUAGAGAGCAUCUAAUGACUGUCAAGUUGAAGGAGAAGUACCCUUCAGAAUCACCAGAUUGUUUUGUGGAUUUUCCCAUUGCAUUUUGUGUUUCCUGGACACCACAGGGAAGAGAUUUCCACCUUAGAAUAUUGUUGCCUGAAGAUUUACAACUGAAGAAUGCAAGAUUACUGUGUAGUUGGCAGCUGAAAACAAUUCUUAAUGGAUACAAUCAAAUAGUCCAACAGAGAAUGCAGCACUCUCCUGAUCUAAUGAGCUUUAUGAUGGAGUUGAAGAUGAUUUUG